AUGAUAGGCACAUUGUUGCCCAUCGCCGUCCGUCGCCGUCCAUCGAUUCUCACGCCCGUUGAUUCCUUGCUGCCCACCCGAGCUCAGUUCAACAUCAUCAGAAACCUUACCAAGACCGAGCCCGUCGAGCAUCCCUCUGCCGAGUCGCAAGUCUACCUGGUUGGCGGCGGCAUUGCUGCCCUCAGCGCCGCCUUCUACCUGAUCCAGGAUGCUGGCAUGGAUGGCGCCAACAUUCACGUCCUUGAGAACCUCAAGGUGCCUGGUGGCAGCAUGGACGCGCACGGUACUGCCGAAAAGGGCUACCUGAUGCGUGGCGGACGAAUGUUCGACAGAGAGGCCUACACUUGUCUCUAUGACAUUCUCGCCAACAUCCCCUCGCUCCGAACCCCUGGCAAGUCCUGCAAGGAGGAUAUCUUUGAGUUCUCGGCCCAAUUCAAGACCUGCUCCAAGGCUCGAGUCGUCGCCGAAGGAGCCAAGAUCAUGGACGUCCACACCCUGGGCCUCAAUAUCAAGGACCGCGCUGCCUUUACCGAGCUCAUCCUCUUGCCCGAGGCCAUGAUCGACGGCAGAAAGAUCAACGACUACUUCACCGAGGAGUUCUUCACCUCCAACUUCUGGUACUGCUUCUGCACCACAUUCGCCUUCCAGCCCUGGCACAGCUUGCUCGAGUUCCGUCGAUACGCUUUGAGAUUCAUGCACGAGGUGCCCCAGCUCGACACCUUGGCUGGUGUCUGGCGAACUCCCUACAACCAAUACGACUCGAUCAUCCAUCCGCUGCAAAAGUGGCUGAGCGAGAAAGGUGUUCAGUUCGAGUACGAUACCAUCGUCACCUCGGUGGACUUUGAGAUUCUUGAAAACCAAAGAUACAUCUACGCAAUCCACGGCACCCGAAAGGGCGUCCGCUUCGAUACCGAAAUCAAGCGCACGGACCUGUGUCUGGUCACUUUGGGAUCCAUGACGGCCGGCUCCAGCAUUGGUUCCAUGAGCACUCCGCCCAAGAUCGACAACGAGGCGGCCAAGAAUGACCCAUGUUGGGUCCUCUGGCGCGACAUUGCCAAGCGACAGCCCGACUUUGGUCGACCUGAGGUCUUCUAUGACCACAUCAACGACUCCAAGUUCCUGUCCUUCUCCGUCACCUUCCACGACUCGACCUUCAUGGACCGCCUCGUCGAGUGGACCAAGAACGAACCCGGCACAGGCGCCCUGGUGACCUUCAAGGACUCGAACUGGUUCAUGUCCACAGUCUUCCCUCACCAGCCACACUUUGCCAACCAGCCCAAGAACGUCAAUGUCAUGUGGGGCUACUCUCUCUUCCCCGAUCGGGUCGGCAACUUUGUCAAGAAGCCCAUGACCGAGUGCUCGGGCGAGGAGAUUCUGAUCGAGCUCUUGAACCACUACCAAUUCACGGACAUUCUUGAGCCUGUCCUGAAAUCGGCCAACUGCAUUCCGUCCAUGCUCCCGUACACCAUGAGCCAGUUCAACCAGCGCCGCAUCACCGACCGGCCCAAGGUCAUCCCUCAGAAUGCCAUCAACUUUGGCUUCAUGAGUCAGUUUGUCGAGAGUAUCCCGGAAGACACCGUCUUUACGGUCGAAUAUUCUGUCCGCUGUGCCCAAAUUGCUGUCUACGGCUUGCUCAAGCUGGACAAACCUCUGACUCCGAUCUACAAGGGCUGGCUGGAUCCCAAGGUCCUCGUGAAGUCGUCGCUGGCCAUCAACUCGUGAGCCAGCUGUGUCGCUCGCAUAAAGCCAGCCCACCUAUUAUCUCUCUAGAUCCUUGGGGUAUGCCAUACAAUAGUAAUACAGCAUAUUUGAAACAAA